UGGAUGUCACUAUCUACUCUAUCACAGCAACAUCAUGAUUGAGAGUUACGGACCAGUCACACAAACAUUGCUGGGGACUCUUUUCACGUGGGGAUUGACAGCUUUAGGUGCUGGAUUUGUGUUCAUUUUUCAGAGUGGGCAGCGAAAAAUACUUGAUGGAAGUCUAGGGUUUGCAGCUGGUGUGAUGACUGCUGCCUCCUACUGGAGCCUGCUGGCCCCAGCCAUAGAAAUGGCAGAGCACUCUGGUUUGUACGGCCAGGAGGGACAGUGGGCCUUUCUACCAGUGGCUGUUGGCUUUAGCCUGGGUGCAGUUUUUGUCUAUAUGGCAGACAUUUUAAUGCCUUACUUGUCCCCAGGAGUCACUCCGACAAGUCUGGCAUUGUCUGUAGAACAUAAUCCCAAGCUCCUGAAGGAUGGUGACAUUCCAUACGAGGUGUCUGUACAGGGCGAUGGACCAGACAGCACUGUUAGUUGUUCAGUAGAAGAUUACAGUGGCACUAAGCGACGACGCCCCCAGUCCUGGCGAGAAGCAGCCUCAAAUCACGAUGAGUCAAAUUCUAUAGGUGACAAACAAGAAACUUUGUCAACCAGUCAAUCUGUCAGCUGGAAAAGGAUAUUUUUGUUAAUUAUAGCCAUCACAAUUCAUAACAUUCCAGAAGGCCUUGCUGUGGGUGUUGGGUUUGGUGCCAUAGGGAAAACAAAAGCUGCAACAUUUGAAAAUGCCAGAAAUCUUGCAAUUGGGAUAGGUAUUCAGAAUUUCCCAGAAGGCCUAGCUGUUAGUUUACCAUUGCGAGGGGCUGGUAUGUCAGUAUGGAAGAGUUUCUGGUAUGGGCAGUUGAGUGGGAUGGUGGAGCCUAUAGCUGGAAUCCUUGGGGCCUUUGCUGUGGUCAUCGCAGAACCUGUGCUGCCAUAUGCACUCGCCUUUGCUGCAGGGGCUAUGAUAUAUGUUGUGAUGGAUGAUAUUGUGCCUGAGGCUCAAACAUGUGGAAAUGGUAAACUGGCCUCUUGGGGAGCUGUAGCAGGUUUUGUUGUAAUGAUGUCACUUGAUGUGGGACUUGGAUAGUGCUGAAGAUAGACAGCAGCAUACUAUAUAAAGCACUGAUUUGAAAUUUGGGUGAUGUUAGCUGUGAUACCCGGGCGACAACUCGUAAACAUGCCAAAUGUACAUGCGGGGGAAAUAUCGGUAAUAAAUCAGUGAUUGUGUUCAGGUAAUUUGUGUGGAGAGCACAAAUUCUGCACUUAAUUGUGAAGCAUAUAAUUCUGCAUUAUGAUGAUCAACACAUGUAGGCCUAAUGUUCAAAUUAUCUUGAAUUUUGAUACAUUUAAAUUUAUUUUCUUUGAAAAAUAUUUUAGAAAUAUGUUUACUUACUCUGGUUAUAUUGAAAGUAUUGUUGAUUUUAGCAUUGUUACGCUGUAUGUAAAGAUUGGUUAUGUUUGCCAUUGUUUUACUUGCUGUUGACUGAUGUUUUCAAGUACAUGUGUGGUCAUCAGCAUCAGGUUAACUUUUUAUAUAAUGUGAGCAUACAACAUCAAGUAGUGUCAAGUUACUAUUUAUGUAUUUUUAUGUUGUAUUUAAUUAUAACUGUGAGGUUAACAUCACUGCCAUGAGAGAUUACUCUGAAAUAGAUAAAUGUUUGGCUGUUUCCAAAUUAUCUGCAACAUCAUCUGCUCUGAACCAUUACAUUAACUAUCCUGGAAAUUUGUUCUGUUGCCUGCACUCUCCACAAGGUGUCUAUGCUGGAAGCCAUUAAAAAAAAAUUUCUUGUGUCCUUAAAGUUUCGGAAUUCGGAAUUCAUAUGAUUCCAUCGUCCUUAGAUAAUAUAGACUAGACUGUUGCCGUUAACUCUAAUUUAACCUUAUAUCCAGGUCCAUCUGGAUUUCACAAACCACCUUGUUGGUAUUGUGUGACUGUGUAUGCUGUAAGGAUGGACUGGGCUGCUUGUCUCUAAAUUCAGAUAUAUUUCGAUAUUUUCCCUCAUAAUAGUUGCUAUUUGUUGCUUCUGGUCAUUAUUAUGUCAAGUUUAAGACUCCAAAACAUGUUAUAUUUUUUUAAUCCACAACUUUAAGAAAUUUGUGUUUAUUUUGGUCCAUGUCAAGCCUUUUGGAAUCGAAAAUGGCAUUUAAUGAAAUUUUGCUCCUAUUGAUACGCCAAUUACAAUUGUGUUAAUUGCGGCAUUAUGGUUUUUGAUCAUAAUUCAAGAGUAACUAGGUAAGACAAAAGUCACAAUUACCUCAGGUUAAAGGUAACCUAUAUUAAAGCAUGUAACUUUGACUUCUUCAGUAAAGCACACCAACUUUCCGGUAACUGAAUGGCAGAGUAUAGAUCUAUAUUUUCUGAAAGUCAUCUCAGAGAUCUCUGAUUUCAAUAUGGUUGUGUCAUAUAUUCAGACCCUGACGAACAAAAUUCAAGUACUGUAAUUCUUCAAUCUUUCGCAUGUUUGAAAGGUGUUCAUUCAAGGAUAGUCUGAAGGAAUUAUUCUGUGUUGACUGAUAAAAUUAUACAAUCUAAUCAGUAUAGGUUUGUCUACAAAAUUAAAUUAAAAAUGUGCAUAAAUUGCCCUGAACGUUACUCUUUCAUAUGCAAAAAAAAUUGAGGAAUAAGGGUAUUUGAGGAAAUACGCAAAAGUAAUAAGCAAAUACCAAAUAUAUUCUAUAGUAAUGCAUAGAAAUCACCAGUUAUAGGAUGUCUUUGUCAUAGAAACCAAGGAAUGGCCUGUGAAGUAAAUCUUGACAGCUUCAGCUUCUUUUGGCACAAAUCUUUCUUAAUACAUAGCUUAAGACAUUCCAGAGUGAAAUCUGGAUUUUGAAUUAAAUUGAUGUUAAAAGGACCAUGUGGGACAUAUGUUAUUGAUAAGUAAACCUUCAAGGUGUGUGAAGUUUUUCUGGAAGAUUUUUGUGCUGCAUGUGUAUAUGCCUCAGUACCUACUAACUCCAGCUUUACAGUAUACUGUAUAUGUGCUCAGGCUAUAAAUAAUGUAUUCAACAGAAAUGAUUCAACCCUGGACACUUGUGUGUUUUGACCCAUUGACAUACAUACUCCAAUCUGGUUGCCCUUGUACCAAAUGUACCAAGGCACAAGUCCAGGCAGGGCCCUGUAAACAGCUAGCUCAGCUACCUGCAGAGGUUGAUGAUUGGAACUGGGUUAUGUUCCUUUAGUGGAGAUACUGAACUGUGUAAAACCAACCAGCAGGGAACAGAGCACUGUGUAUCACCACCUCUCCACCCUACCAUCCUGCUCUUUCUCACUUACUCUCUCCCUAUUACCAAUUACUCCAGGCAAAUUGCAGCACCUGUCAAAAGUGGACACUUCCACCUGAUUUACCAGUACUGCCAGAGUAUGAUAUUGGAGAUCAGACGGCUUCUUGGUAAAUUGGUGUGAAACGCUCAGUAUAAAACUUGGCCCACACCUAGCAUGUCUAAGCAGGUUCAAUGAGAGAUAAAUGAAAUGUGUCAGUAAGAAGUAAACAAACAUGUUCCUUGUAAAAGGACUCAUACUGAUAGUGUCUAGACAGAAACUUGUGUUUCACUUUCCAUCUGUAAUGUCUGUACAAUCCUCCUCUUCAUUUGGGACAUUUGGAUCCUUCCCAUAAAACUUAGCCCAGUGCCCUGCCAAAUGUAUGAAGGGCUGUGUGAAAUACAUGUAAUUAGCUUCGAUGACUCGUUAAGCUCUUCUUUGUUAAAAGAGAUAUGAACAAAUAUUAAGUUUUUGUAUAAUUAAAUUGUGUUUGAGAAGGUCCUUGAGUUAUUUGUUGUUAAGGCCUAGUAAUUAUCUUUCUUGUGACAGACCACCUUUGUUAAUUGAGCCUUGCCAAUGCACAGAUAUUUACAAAUAUUUAUGUUCUGACCAUGAUUAUUGUCCUCUGUUUUACCUGCACAAAUUCCAAGACCUAAAUUCCUGUGUCUUUUUCUGGUGUCCUGUCUGUACUAUGUACAUUUGUGUAACUGCAUUACAUGCCAUUCAUGUGGGUGAUUUUAGGA